AUGCCUCCUACUAGUAGUAAUAGCUGGAGAAGCAACUUGUUGGUACUGACCGUGACAGUCGUUAGCAUGGUCUUGAUGAGAACUCGAAUGACAACGGCGGCUCAUGCCGCGUCUCAGAUUGUGGAGAGUGGAAAACUAUUCUUGGUGUACGGAACCGCCUGGAAAAAGGAACAUACGGCCCACUUGGUUGACAUGGCCGUCAAGUCGGGAUUUCGAUUCAUCGAUACGGCAUGUCAGCCAAGGCAUUACAAUGAACCAGGAGUUGGAGAAGGAUGGAGUGGAGCAGCAUCUCAUUUGGGAUUGCAGAGGUCCGAUUUCUUCCUGCAAACCAAAUACACACCAUUCGGUGGGCAAGAUCCCGACAACUGUCCCUACGACCCGCAGUCUCCCAUUGAAGAUCAAGUCCGGAUUUCUCUCGAAACUUCCUUGCGAAACCUCAAAACAGACUAUUUGGAUUCCUGGGUCAUGCAUUCUCCCUUUCAAGAAUUCGAAGAUACCAUGAAAGCCUGGAGGACCAUGGAAACCUACGUCGAUGCCGGUAAGGUCAAGGGGCUGGGCAUGAGCAACUGCUACGAUCCCGAACUAUUUGCCACACUCUACGACAUGGCCAAACACAAACCCAAAGUACUACAAAAUCGAUUCUAUGCCGCUUCCAACUUUGAUACGGAACUACGACGCUUUUGCAAGGAAAAGGGCAUUUGGUAUCAAUCCUUUUGGACCCUCACGGCCAAUCGCGACGCCCUGGCAACCACAGAGGUUCACGAAUUGGCCACAUCCAAAAACCUCAACCCACAAACGUUGUUGUUUGCCUUUUUGCUGUCGCUCGGAUAUGUCACACCCUUGUCGGGGACCACCAGUGCCACGCACAUGCAACAUGAUGUCGAAGUGAUGGAACGAUUCCAAUCGGGUGAAGUGUUCUUUGAGAAUGAAGACGAGUUGCGUGUCAUGGCGAGGUAUCUGGGUAUGCCCGAUUUGUAG